CGUCAGGCAUACGGGUGUUUUGACGCGCGUCGUUCGUUCAAAAUCCUCGUGCAUCCUGCUGUAUCAAUACCAACAAAAACUUUCGACGGAAUCUCAGUGAUUGCAACCGUCCUGAUUGUCGAACGUUGCCAUCGUAGUCUUGUGUGAUUUUCCUUUGGAGUUACCUCUCGUACAGAGCGUAGUUUCGAGAGUGUUUAUAUCCUUCGAGGACGACAGAAAGUCUCAUUGGUUCGUCGAUUAAAUCAUGACAGUCGCUUCCUUGUAUUCUGGUCUGACGACAUUUCUCGUGACACUGCGUGCAACUGAUUCAUUUUCACCUGUGUACAGGCGUGCAUCUUUCCUGCAAAAACGAAGGAUUUCAAGGUUAAGUUUAUCCCCUGACACGUGAUUAUAUAUAUGUGUUGAAUCGGAUGCCGUACCGUGGUUUCGUAUAAAUCAACGAAUACGCGCAGCGGCGAUUUCGAUCGACCGAGUGAACACUGGCUUUGAUGUUUAUCGAUCAUACCGUGCGUGUCGAUAGUAUUGGUGGCGUGCAUGGCCGGACGCAAUUACAAUCGGGACAUUAUAAUGAAUUAUGCAAGAGAUCGAAUUGCGUCGAUUCGAAGAUUAUCAGCUUUCGCUGUUCUGCAUUUUUCUGUUAAUGCAUGGAUCGCGUUCAUUUAUUUUUCGUGACGGCUAGAGAAAACGCGAAUUCUUUGUAUACGGAAAAUUAUCGUAAAAUGAAUGUAAUAUCAGAUACGGGAAUAGAGAGGUGUUUUAUAAAAACGUGUUACGAGGUCAAAUCAUGGUUAUGUUUUUCUCUAUCAGAAAAUAGUGAAAUCUUGGGAACGUUUGAGUAGAAAAAUACAUACUGUUCCUUUAGAAGUGAAUGGUGAUUUAUCCAGUCGCUCAUUAUCGGAACGGCAUGAAGAUUGUCGCAUCAAUUUGUACGCGAGAUGUGUUGCUUCCUCUUGUAACGUACGCGAGACACGUUUCGUUAUUUUUCUGCUCGACGAUUCUCUCCUCCCUUUUCUUCGCCGUGCUAAUACGAGAACCUUGUACAAAGUGAGUAUCAUUGGUUAAGGUUAAACGGUCGCGGGGUUGUUUCACGCGGGAAAAGUGGCGCCAUAGACGAACCACUUUCGAAUUCGAUAUCGACUUUUUACCGCGCAAUCGUGUUCCCGCCAUUAUCCCACGACCGAUUCGAGAUCGAGAUGCGGAGUAAUUUCGAUAAUCGAACGAUCGUAUCAUGGACGGACGUUUGCGAAUCCGGACGCUGAUGGUGUUAAUUUUUGAAAUUUUUACGUGAAACGGUGACAAAGUGUGAAAGGUGACGGAAUAAUCUCGAAGAUAACCUCACGAGUGAAUCGGAAGUUGGAUAAUCGUCAUGGCUUACGUGCUCUGGCGGGUCUUUAUGAAGAAGUACUCGAAGGUGCGGCUGGGGCUCAGGAAUCUGCCUGUAAUACCGGCGGAGCGUCGUAUGCCAGAGCGAGAAGAGACCUGGACGUUGGCCCCGGACCAACACGACCCAUGUUCCUUCUUCGACGACAUCUCCGAUGUCAAAUCCAAACCAGUCCACGAUGUGGAUCCCACGCAAUCUCGGAUUGUCGGAGAUACGGGUGAAACCGGCGAGCACCCAGAAGGUGGGACCUUACCACGUAGCCAAGAAACCAGGAAGAGCAAAACGAAAAAAGUGAAAAGUUACCUGAGGAAGUGUAAGGGCGCUCUUUCCAAAGGCGACGAAGCUUCCUCGGACAAGAAGCGUCACGAACACUGUACCUCGUGGUACCUGGACGAGUCUCACCAAGAGGAUCUCGACGUUCUCUUACAGAAACAGUCAGAAUAUCUGGACGAUAGGAUCGUGGAAGCGCAAGAAGCUUCGAAUCUGAUACCAGACGAGACCUUGGAAGACACUCCAUUACCAAUUGAUACAUUACCAACAACUGAUCCUCUGAUAAAUCCCACGAAAGAGGACGAUCGCGAGGACCCUGACGACGAAGCUCUGACAAGACUAAUCGAGGAUGAAUCUAACGAAACGAGUGACUUGAGAAGAAGCCGGACAUCCGUGUACGAGGAUGCUAGAGAUUGCAUAAACGAUCGAGAGUGUACGGUAGAAGAAUCUUGCGUAUCCGAUAAGCCCCAGAGAAACGAUGCAGUGUCUCUGGAAACUCUGACCACGGAAGAUACGAAUUUGAACAAGUGCGACUCGAACGACACUCUGAUAGCGGAAGUGGCGGCUAGUGGACCGGACAGCCCGUCACUGGUCGACGUUGAGGAGGGAAAGGAGGAAGAAACGCGCGACCAGGAGGUGGACGGUGAAACACCGAACGCACUGUCUCUGCUCGGGGGUCGCGGAGAUGUCGCAUCGCUGGUCCGGAACUUGCUCGGACCGAUUUACGGCGAUGGCGUUAUCAAUCUGCUGAUAAGACAGGCCCGGGACAUCCUGGUGUGCGCUUAUCACGGCAACUUGGAGAACUUCCUCAGGACUUAUCUGUCACCAGCCGCGUCCCUUCUGGCGGAAGUGAAGUCUGUCGCCUCCGAAACGGGAAACGAGUCGGUGGUACCGGAAGGCUGGCCUCUGACGUUGGGCAGACGUGGCCUCGUCCUGCAGCUAGGAGAGCUCGAAGCCUCCGCACUACGUCUCGGGGAAUGUUACCUCUGCAUACGCAGCGCAGCUGCAGUUGCAACCACCUCGGGGAGCGGCGAAGUUGCCGCUGGUGAAACCGACGAGCGAAAUACCGUCGAGAUCGCAGUAGUUUGGCGAACGACGUCGAUGAGGGCUCCAGGGUUCCUCGGUUGGGACCGCGAGGAGAAGUUCAUGGACUGGCGGGAGGUGUCUCGAAAGGGGCAGGGGAGCACCGGUGCGGCGAGCAGCAGCCUGGCUGGGCCGCAAUCGUCGAGUACC